GAAAUUGUUAUGAAUCAUAGACCGCACCAUUGAAUCACAGUUCACCCGACAAUUGUACCAGUACACGUAUUGACGAUCAAAUAAUAUUCAAUAGUCCCAUUUAUUCUGAUCCAGUCAUGCAUUCAUAUGAGCAAAUAAUUAUAUUCUUUCUUCCUCUUCCCCAUUCUUCAUGCCUUCUUUCAUUGCACCUUUUCUCACCACCAUGCUAAACAAUGCCGAUCGGAUUUGCAUAGCGUUCAAAUGGGAAAAUAUUGUCAGGCAGUGUGUUGUGAUUUCUCAGCAGUGUCAGUACUUGAGUCUUUGCGUCGAAAACAUUCCUGCUCUCUGUGAAAUGAUUUGGAUAAGUGAUUAUUGGACACGAGGAACACUGGUCUGACUAGAAUAGAUAGUAGAAUAAUAUUUCGACGAACUUGUUUAAGCUUGUAUAAUAUUCCAUCAAAUGGAGCACAUGCAAUGUGGCUGAGGAACAUGCUUCGUGUUUCAUAUCCAUUGGUUGAUUUAAAACCCCGUUGGAGCAGGAUGUGUAAAUCUGCCACAAUAGUUUUAUUUGCAGCACAUCUUUGAUUGACUGAAAUUAUGUAGGUGUCUGGAAACUCUCAAGAGUUGGAGGAAUGAAGCACCGAUCUCCAUCGUAUACUACUCUGCUUUGUGAGGAAUAUAUUUGGUUAUUGUGUGUUGUCUUGUGUUCCUUUUGUGAAAUAACAGACUAAAUUAAGGAAUUGAAAGUACAGACUAAUAAAGGAAUUUCAGAGAAUCGCAUGUAGAAAACAACAAAUAGGUUCCUCGAGAUGACUGACACUUCUUCAUCUGUGUUUUUUCUCUUCCAUAAAAAUUAAAAAAUAAUCAAAAAGAAUCAUGAGUUGAUACUAUUGUGGAGGGCAGUUGUUAUAUCUUUUCUCGAGGAAGCGAUACAUUGUCUCUCAAGGAAAUAAAAGCUGGAACAUUGAAGACGUAUAACAGGAUAUCAUGGCAUUCGUGAAGUUACACCGUCAGAAGCUAUUUGAGACAAUCGAAUCGUUAGACCUGUUCCUCGUAAAGAAUCUGCUCUCCAGACCUGAUGAUUUUGGUCUGGACUGGGACUAUAGAGACAAGGACGGUCGGUCCGUCUAUGCACAUGCCAUCAACAUCGGAGUCACUCAAAUGGUAGUGACAUUUUUGGACCAUGGCAUCCCUCUCGGUGACGCCCUUUUGAGAGCAGCUGACUUCUGUCUGGUGGACAUUGUUCGAUGCAUCUGUACAUAUGCUGAAACACUGAGCAAGAACGAGCGGCAGGCUAUCAUCGAAUGCCAUUGUGAAAAUGAUGAUUAUCACAAAGUUAUGACGCCUCUCAUGGCUGCAGGACACAAAAACAACUUCGCCAUUGUAAAGGUGAGCCUAAUUUUUACCUUAUAAUGUGAACCAUUUUACAAUUCAUUGCAUAUUAAGCGAGUUCGUAAUUAGGAUUUGAUCAUGGGCAGAUAAAGGUCAUUCGCUCCCAAAUUGUAAAACCAUCUUAGAUAUAAA